UUCUUCUCACAAACCACACAACACAUCUCUCAUAAAUUUCAAUUUUGAUAUUUUCUUUAUUUUGUUUUUAUGAUUAAACUCUGCUAGCAUGGCAACCGGAAGCAGAGACAUGGAUCGGAUCAAGGGCCCAUGGAGCCCGGAGGAGGACGAGGCGCUGCAGAGGUUGGUGCAGGCUCUUGGGCCGAGAAACUGGACGAUGAUAAGCAAGUCUAUUCCUGGUCGAUCCGGCAAAUCGUGCCGGCUACGAUGGUGCAACCAGCUUUCGCCGGAAGUGGAGCACCGCGCUUUCACGCCGGAAGAGGACGAUGUUAUUGUCAGGGCGCACAGUAGGUUCGGUAAUAAGUGGGCCACCAUAGCACGUUUACUCAAUAGCCGCACUGAUAACGCCGUCAAAAAUCACUGGAACUCCACUCUCAAGAGAAAAUGCUCCGCCCUUGGUCUCGAUGCAACGGAUCGUUCACCCCUAAAAAGAUCUGCCAGUGUCAGCGCGGGUUAUUUAAACCCGAGCAGUCCAUCUGGGUCCGAUUUAAGCGAUCCGGGCAAGCCGGCUCUGUCGACUCCUUCUGCCUCGGCCUUCUGCAGGCCCAAUCUCAUGGAAGCCGCUUCUUCACUCUCCGAUCCAGCCACGUCACUGAGUUUAUGUCUUCCUGGGUUAAACUCGGAAUCUAUACAGCGGAGUUUAUGUCUUCCUGGGUUAAGCUCGGAGCCUGUACAGCGGCCAGCAUCUCCGGCACAGCCUUCUCCACCUCCUCCUCCUUCAGCGGUGUCCACGGUGGAAGAGCGUAGAAAGCAAUUGUUCAAUCCGGAGUUUUUGAGGGUGAUGCAAGAAAUGAUAAGGAAGGAAGUGAGGAGUUACAUGUCAGGGAUGGAGGUGAAGAAUGGUUUGAGAAUACAGACGGAAGUCAUUGGAAAAGCGGUGGUGAAGCGCAUGGGAAUCAGCAACAUCAAGUGAAGGAAAGGAAAGAAAUGGUGUCUUUGAAUUAUCAGAACAGGCCAGAGGACAUGAACUGUGAAUCACAGGGUAGAGAAAAGUGAGUGAAAAAGAGAAUUUUAUUUUAUUUUGUAGUUGAAGUAAAUUCUAGUUUCCCUUUGCUUAAGGGUAAAAAUUAGUAAUAAUUUUGGCACUGUACAGAACUUAAAAAGAAAAAAAAUGGAAGAGUGCUUUUCUGAUAAAA